UUUUUUAGCAGACACUUGACAACAAUUGAUAUUUUUGCUUUUCUAACAGUAUAAGGAUGUUUGACCUUGCACUUUCGGAAGCUGGUGCUCAGAUUAUUCUAGCUACAUCAAGUGAUGAUAAAUAUCCACCGGAACAUAUGAUUGAUGGGAAAGAUGAAACAUUCUGGGCAACCUGUGGUUUAUAUCCUCAAGAAUUUGUCAUACGAUUUACAUCUUUAGUUAAUAUCAACUCCGUUUCAAUAACAUGUUAUAAUAUUCGUGACAUAAAAUUAGAAGUAAAUUCAGAUGAUUCUCAGAAUUUUAAAACAAUUGAACAAAAAGAAUUCCAGUCAUCAGAUUCUGCUCCUCAAAUAGAAGAUUUUUCAUUUGGAAAUGUUAAAGCUCAGAACUUAAGAGUGGUGAUAGAAUCUGGUUAUGAUCAUUUCUGUGCUGUAUAUAAGAUCACAGUUAAUGGAACAGCUGUACAUUGACAACUUUAUUGUCAGUUUCUGUUCAUUUUUAUUUCCACCCAAUGUCAUCUUAAGAUACAUUAAAAAUGACUAACAUUAUCUAUGAUUUUUAUAUACAACACAUCAUAUUUCUAAAAAAAAAAAAUAAAUAACCCAGGAAUAUAAAUUGAUUCUAAAGAAGGUUCUCAAUGAUUGUUUUUUCAUAAGAAAUUUAACUUCAUAAUUUAAAAAUUUAUUUUAAAGGACUUUGUCUUAAGGCAAUAUCUGACUUGAUAUUAUUUGUGUCAUUUGGCCUCAGAUUAACUCAUAACUGUGGUUAUAAACUACAACUUUUAUCACUGUUCAGUAAACUCUUUAUGAUUCAUCUACAAUAAAUGAGUGAAUUUGAAUAUGUAUUUAUUAUCAGCUGUCAACCAAAACUUUAGAUUUGUGGUUUAUCUUCUCGUUUAGAUGUAGAGAUUAGUAGUUUAUUAUUAUAUAUCUCUUUAAUUUGUAUAAAUGCAGCUCAAUUAUUUGUAUGUAACAUACCUGAAGGUUGAAGCCACUAUUAUUGCUCAGCAAAAUAAUUGUGCAGAUCUGGUAAUAUUCACAAACAUAAUCAAGUUCAUUUUUAUUUUUUUCAAUAUAGAAAUAACAUGUGUUAAACUAUUUUAAUUUUCAUUGGCACCUAACUUAAUUUGUUAAAUCAGAUAUACACAUAUGUCUGCUGGACUGUAGCACUAAGCUUAAUUUGUUUGCAAAUAAUUUGCUUAAAGCUGGUUUACCAAAUAUGGAUAUAAAUUUACACAGUGUCUCCCACGUCUCUAAUUUCAGACAUUAUAAUUGUAGAAUAUAGAAUUUGUCAAUUCUCUCAAAAUAUUGGUAUUUGAAGAAUUAAUGUCCUCAAGCAUUACAAAUUCAAAACUUUAUUAGGUUUUCAUUCAUUGGAAAUGGCUUAUAUGGGAUAGGCUACUUCUUGAUGGUAGAGUGUAAUGCUAGUCUCGAACUCCAAUAUUUUAGGCAAAUUAAGUGAUGUGGCUAUAUUAGAAAUAAAAACUAAUAAAUAAGAUGGGAACGAAAGUUAGAUUUAAUUUUAAUUAAUAACUAAAUAAAUACAUAAAUAAAUAAAAAUAAUAUUAUUGUUUAUCCUUAUUUCCAAGACUGUCAUAAUAAUUAUUUUGUAUCCAUUACAUGUAUCAAGACCAUGGGUUUAGCCUGUAUCUGUUAUUGGAAGAUUAAUCAGAGAACCCAUCAUUAAUCUGUUAUUCCAUCCAUGUUAUAUUGUGAUAUUUUUUUAUUUAUUUGUAAAUAGCAUUGAGGAUGAAUUAAAAACUUAUAUCUG